AGAUCAGCUCUGUGCGGGCAUCGUUUCCUGCCAUGGUGCGAAGGCGGUCGUCAAGCUCAUGGAGGCAUCCAAGCUCCGUAGGCGUGGCUCUCCGCUUGGUGGCUUUUUCGGCGGCCGCGUCGCUGAGCUUUGUGGCGCCAAACCUCCAAAGACGAGGUCCUUACUGCGCCACAUCCGCGGUGGAAGCCGAAGUUGUGACGGCUGCCACCAUUGAAGAAGUGGACUAUGUGCUUCCCGUGGGACCAGCGUGUCCAUUUCGAUCCGACACCAUGGUUCGCGGCAAUUUUGACCAGGAGAUCGCACAAGUGAACUACGCAGCUGCCAGUAAAUCAGGUGAGUUUGAUGCGCUGGUGCGGCAGAUUGCAGCAGGCAUCCAGCCUGACCGGCGGCAGCAAAGGAAGGUAGGAUUUGACUUGAAGCAACAGGGGGAUCGUUUAAAGCAGUUGUUGGAUGCGAUGGAGGAUUCGCAGGAUUUUCAGGUGAUAGAAGCCUACCACAUCAUGGAAAUGAAGGUGCAGAAGAUGGGAGCUCCUACCUUUAGGACGGUUGAAAAGAUGACGUCCUGGCAGGGAGAAGGCAUUAUGGCGGAGGCGGAUGGCAUGAUGGUGCCGCCCCCACCCCCAGGUGUAGACCCCGUGGCCUUAGCCAAAGCUGCACCGUCAGGACAAACUCCUUAUCAGAGUCCAAGCAGCGCUCCUCGGGUGUUGCCAUUUGAGGAUGCCAACUUUGAUGCUUCCCCUGAGUUACAGCGAUUUGGAGCUGAGUACCUCAAGUUGUCCAAGGAGCACUCGGAUCUGGUGAACUUUGGAGCGAAGUACAAAGACUUUGAUGAAGCUGGCAGGGAAUUCUACCUUGACAAGAUGCGAGAGAUCACGAAACAAUGGCAUGAAGUGCUGGGCAAAGCCAGGCGCCUGGGUUUGAAGCCAGGUGAUGCCUACGUGGCCUUUUCCGAGGAGUAUUUGAGCAAUUCGAGGCUUUCCCCCAGCGAUUUUCGAGACAUGGUCGAUGAGGUGCACGAACAGCUCCGCCAGAAGGCUCGUUAAGAGCUAAUGAUGAGCAGGACAAAGAUCCUGUGAGACACGGCAGGGUGACCGGUUUGCGGUUUGCGCGCGGAGUGCCAAAAAUACGGUGCCAAAA